AUGGAAGGAGCCCGGGUGCCAGAGCCGCUGCUGGUAGGGGAGCCCUCUACUGAUCAGGAACACCCGUUUUGGACUUUACACCAGCAAGAAAGCGUUUCCCAAAGUGUAUUCUGCGGAACUAGCACCUACUGUGUUCUCAACACCGUGCCACCUCUAGAAGAUGAUCAUGGGAACAGCAAUAGUAGUCAUGUAAAAAUCUUUUUACCGAAAAAGCUGCUUGAAUGUCUGCCGAAAUGUUCAAGUUUACCCAAAGAGAGGCACCGUUGGAACACUAAUGAGGAAAUUGCAGCUUAUUUAAUAACAUUUGAGAAACACGAAGAAUGGCUAACCACAUCCCCUAAGACAAGACCACAGAAUGGCUCAAUGAUCCUCUACAACAGGAAGAAGGUGAAAUACAGGAAGGAUGGGUAUUGCUGGAAAAAGAGGAAAGACGGGAAAACGACCAGAGAGGACCACAUGAAACUCAAGGUCCAGGGAGUGGAGUGCUUGUACGGCUGCUAUGUCCAUUCCUCCAUCAUCCCCACCUUCCACCGGAGGUGCUACUGGCUCCUUCAGAACCCCGACAUCGUCCUGGUGCACUAUCUGAACGUCCCAGCCAUCGAGGACUGCGGGAAGCCGUGUGGCCCCAUCCUCUGCUCCAUCAACACCGACAAGAAGGAGUGGGCGAAAUGGACAAAAGAGGAGCUCAUUGGGCAGCUGAAACCCAUGUUCCACGGCAUCAAGUGGACCUGCAGCAACGGAAACAGCAGCUCAGGCUUCUCCGUGGAGCAGCUGGUGCAGCAGAUUCUCGACAGUCACCAGACCAAGCCGCAGCCUCGGACCCACAACUGCCUCUGCACCGGCAGCUUGGGAGCGGGCAGCAGCGCUCACCACAAGUGCAACAGUGCCAAACACCGGAUCAUCUCGCCGAAGGUAGAGCCGCGGACAGGGGGGUACGGGAGCCACUCGGAGGUGCAGCACAAUGACGUGUCCGAGGGCAAGCAGGAGCACAGCCACAGCAAGGGCCCGAGCCGCGAGAAGAGGAACGGCAAGGUGGCCAAGCCCGUGCUGCUGCACCAAAACAGCACGGAGGUCUCGUCCACCAACCAGGUGGAGGUCCCCGACACCACCCAGAGCUCCCCCGUGUCCAUCAGCAGUGGGCUCAACAGCGACCCGGACAUGGUGGACAGCCCUGCGGUCACGGGCGUGUCCAGCAUGGCCGUGGCCUCCGUGAUGGGGAGCUUGUCCCAGAGCGCCACGGUGUUCAUGUCCGAGGUCACCAACGAGGCCGUGUACACCAUGUCCCCCACCACCGGCCCCAACCACCACCUCCUCUCGCCCGACGCCUCUCAGGGCCUCGUCCUGGCCGUGAGCUCCGACGGCCACAAGUUCGCCUUCCCCACCACGGGCGGCUCGGAAAGCCUGUCGAUGCUGCCCACCAACGUGUCCGAAGAGCUGGUCCUCUCCACCACCCUCGACGGUGGCCGGAAGAUCCCAGAAACCACCAUGAACUUCGACCCUGACUGCUUCCUCAAUAACCCAAAGCAGGGCCAGACGUACGGGGGCGGAGGCCUGAAAGCGGAGAUGGUCAGCACCAACGUGCGGCACUCGCCACCAGUGGAGAGGGGCUUCAGCUUCACCACCGUCCUCGCCAAGGAGAUUAAGACCGAGGACACGUCCUUCGAGCAGCAGAUGGCCAAAGAAGCGUACUCCUCCUCGGCGGCAGCCGCGGCCUCCAGCUCCCUCACCCUGAGCGCCGGCUCCAGCCUCCUGCCGUCGGGCGGCGGCCUGAGUCCCAGCACCACCCUGGAGCAGAUGGAUUUCAGUGCAAUAGACUCCAACAAGGACUACGCGUCCGGCUUCAGCCAGACGGGCCGCAGCCCCCACGUCCACCAGACCCCUUCCCCGAGCUUCUUCCUGCAGGACGCCAGCAAGCCCCUCCCCAUCGAGCAGAACGCCCACAGCAGCCUGAGCGAGUCCGGGGGCACUUUUGUGAUGCCCACGGUGAAAACGGAGGCCUCGUCACAAACCAGCUCCUGCAGCGGCCACGUGGAGACACGGAUAGAGUCUGCUUCCUCCCUCCACCUCAUGCAGUUCCAGGCCAACUUCCAGGCCAUGGCUGCGGAAGGGGAGGUCACCAUGGAGACCUCGCAGGUGGCCGAAGGGGGCGAGGGCCUCAUCAAGUCCGGGGAGCUGCAGGCCUGUAGCUCCGAACACUACCUGCAGCCCGAGACCACCGGGGUGAUCCGCAGCGCCGGCGGGGUCCCCAUGCUCCCGGGCGGCGUGGUGCAGGGACUCUACCCGGUGGCGCAGCCGGGCCUCGCCAACGCCUCCAGCAUGGAGCUCAGCCUGGACCACUUUGACAUCUCCUUCAGCGGCCAGUUCUCCGACCUGAUCAACGACUUCAUCUCCGUGGAGGGGGGCGGCGGCACCAUCUAUGGGCACCAGCUGGUGUCGGGGGACGGCGCGGCGCUCUCCCAGUCGGAAGACGGGGCCCGCGCCCCCUUCGCCCAGGCGGAGAUGUGCAUGCCCUGCUGUAGCCCCCAGCAGGGGAGCCUGCAGCUGACCAGUGCCGAGGGCGGGGCUGGCACCAUGGCCUACAUGCACGUGGCUGAGGUGGUCUCCACCACCCCAGCGCAGGGCACCCUGGGGAUGCUGCAGCACAGCGGACGGGUGUUCAUGGUGACCGACUACUCCCCGGAGUGGUCUUACCCAGAGGGAGGAGUGAAGGUUCUCAUCACAGGCCCAUGGCAAGAAGCCAGCAAUAACUACAGCUGCCUGUUUGACCAGAUCUCAGUGCCUGCGUCCUUGAUUCAGCCCGGGGUCCUACGCUGCUACUGCCCAGCCCAUGACACUGGUCUUGUGACCCUACAAGUUGCCUUCAACAACCAGAUCAUCUCCAACUCAGUGGUGUUUGAGUACAAAGCCCGGGCCCUGCCCACGCUCCCUUCCUCCCAGCAUGACUGGCUGUCAUUGGACGAUAACCAGUUCAGGAUGUCCAUCCUAGAACGUCUGGAGCAGAUGGAGAGGAGGAUGGCGGAGAUGACGGGGUCCCAGCAGCACAAACAGGGGAGCGGAGGAGGCAGCAGCGGAGGGGGAAACGGGAGUGGGAACGGAGGAAGCCAGGCUCAGUGUGCCUCUGGCCCCGGGACGCUGGGCAGCUGCUUCGAGAGCCGUGUGGUUGUCGUGUGUGAGAAGAUGAUGAGCCGUGCCUGCUGGGCCAAGUCCAAGCACUUGAUCCACUCAAAGACUUUCCGGGGAAUGACCCUCUUGCACCUGGCUGCUGCCCAGGGCUACGCCACCCUCAUCCAGACCCUCAUCAAAUGGCGCACAAAGCACGCAGAUAGCAUCGAUUUGGAGCUGGAAGUUGACCCCUUGAAUGUGGACCACUUCUCCUGUACUCCUCUGAUGUGGGCGUGUGCUCUCGGGCACUUAGAGGCUGCUGUCGUGCUGUACAAGUGGGACCGUCGGGCCAUCUCCAUUCCGGACUCUCUAGGAAGGCUGCCUUUGGGGAUCGCCAGGUCGAGGGGUCAUGUGAAAUUAGCGGAGUGUCUGGAGCACUUGCAGAGAGAUGAGCAGGCUCAGCUUGGACAGAACCCCAGAAUCCACUGUCCUCCGAGCGAAGAGCCCAAUACAGAGAGCUGGAUGACCCAGUGGCACAGUGAAGCCAUCCACUCACCGGAAGUACCCAAAGGAGUCACCGUCAUUGCAAGUACCAAUCCAGAGCUGAGAAGACCUCGUUCUGAACCCUCUAAUUACUACAGCAGUGAGAGCCACAAAGAUUAUCCAGCUCCCAAAAAGCAUAAAUUGAACCCUGAGUCCUUCCAGGCAAGGCAGCAGAAACUGCUCUCCACUGCACUGAGUCUGGAACAGCCAAAUAUCAGGAAGCAGAGCCCUAGUUCUAAGCAGUGUGUCCCUGAGACAAUCAGCCCCAGUGAAGGAGUGAGGGACCGCGUCCGGGAAACCUCCCCUCCCGUUCCAGAGACUGCACGACUCCAAGCCUCUGGAUCUCAGCCUGUAGUAAAGUGGAGUCCCAAAGAUCUUUACAUUGGUGUGUCUACAGUACAGGUGACUGGAAAUCCGAAGGGGACCAGUGUAGGAAAGGAUGCCGCACCUUCACAGGUGCGUCCACGGGAACCAAUGAGUGUCCUGAUGAUGGCUAACAGAGAGGUGGUGAAUACAGACAUGGGGCCCUACCGUGAUAGUGCAGAGAGCGAGGAGUGCACACAGCCCAUGGAUGACAUCCAGGUGAACAUGAUGACCUUGGCAGAGCACAUCAUCGAAGCCACACCUGAUCGAAUCAAGCAGGAGAGUUUUGUGCCCACGGAGCCCUCGGCUUUGGAAAGAACAGACACUGCCACCAUCAGCAGUACCAUGAGCUGGCUGGCCAGUUACCUGGCCGAUGUCGAUCGUCUGCCAAGCGCUGCCCAGAUCAGAAGUGCAUAUAACGAGCCUCUAACCCCUUCUUCUAAUACCAGCUUGAGCCCUGUCGGCUCCCCAGUCAGUGAAAUAGCUUUCGAGAAACCCAGCCUUCCCUCAGCAGCAGAUUGGUCUGAAUUCCUGAGCGCGUCUACCAGUGAGAAGGUAGAGAAUGAAUUUGCUCAGCUGACUCUGUCUGAUCACGAGCAGAGAGAACUCUAUGAAGCUGCCAGGCUUGUCCAGACCGCUUUCCGGAAAUACAAGGGCCGACCCUUGCGAGAACAGCAAGAAGUGGCUGCUGCCGUCAUUCAGCGUUGUUACAGGAAAUACAAACAGCUGACAUGGAUAGCCUUGAAGUAUGCACUUUAUAAAAAGAUGACACAGGCUGCCAUCCUAAUCCAGAGUAAAUUCCGAAGUUACUACGAACAAAAAAAAUUUCAGCAGAGCCGGCGUGCCGCUGUGCUGAUCCAGAAGUUUUACCGGAGUUAUAAGAAAUGUGGCAAAAGACGGCAGGCUCGCCGAACAGCUGUAAUUGUACAACAGAAACUCAGGAGCAGUUUGCUAACCAAAAAGCAGGACCAAGCUGCUCGAAAAAUAAUGAGGUUUCUACGCCGCUGCCGCCACAGAGUGAAAGAGUUGAGAAAGGCCAAGGAACUUGAAGACAUACAGCAGCAUCCCUUAGCAAUGUGA